CCGCAUUCUUUUUGUUCUUUUUUAAUUUCUGUGCAAAGAACGGGAUUUGACACACGUGGAUCCUUGCCAACGCCGUGAAGUACGGGGAAAGCAUCCACGUAAGUGACCACGUGUCGCGUCCUCUUGCAACCUUGCAUGCACGUAUGCCACUCCGCUCUCGCCAAGAGAAGCUAUAACGCAAACACUUCUCCUCCACCCAGAUUGUUUGCACCGUGUGACCGCUUCCAAAUCUUCUGCUCACAUUUGCAUACCAGCUUUCUGAGUUUGAGCACACGACUGUUACGGCAAGAAAAUGGGCAGCAACUAUGAUCUGAAGCCGACGUCUUCCACCUCUUACAGCGCGCAGCUCGGCAAGGGAGGGCCGCUGAUCGACCUCGGCCACCCGUUGCUCAACCGCAUCGCCGAUAGCUUCAUCAAGGCCGCUGGGAUCGGUGUAGUCCAGGCGGUGUCGCGGGAGGCUUGUUUCACCGUUCUAGAUGGAAUUAAUGGAGGUGGUGGUUCGGAAGGCCUCCCGCCUGAGAUCACCUCGACCGGUGCCAAGAAACGCCACCGAUUCAAUGCUCUCCACGGUGAAACAAACAACAAAAGCCUUGAAGCCAUGGUGAAGAACACGGGGAAAGAAUCUCUACAAUGGGGCCUGGCUGCCGGUGUGUACUCGGGACUGACCUACGGAUUGCAGGAAGCCCGCGGGUCUCACGAUUGGCAAAACAGCGCGGUGGCUGGUGCUAUAACUGGACUGGCUGUCGCCCUUACGGCCGAGGAUCCUUCACACGAGCAGAUUGUGCAGUGCGCGGUCACUGGAGCAGCUAUCUCGGCGGCUGCCAACCUUCUUUCGGGUAUAUUUUGAAGGUUUGGACGGAGGAACGAGCACCUACUUGCUGCAUCUUGUGCUUGGUAGUAGUACUAGUAGUCAGUUGUUUUCAUAGAUGAAGAUUAGUAGUUUGUAUUUUGGUUUAGGCUCUGCCGGGAUUAGAUUUCGGCCCUGGCUCUUCUUUUCUGGACAUGAACAGCUAUGUUUGUUUUUUUUUUUUCCUGCCUCUUUGUACGUCUGCUCAAGCUGUAAAUCAGCAUGUCCAGGACAGAGUUCAUAAUGGUUUUUGUUUAAGACUAUUAUGAUAUUGUCAGCUGGAAAAGAUUGCAAUCCGAUCAAAUCAAACGGAUUAAUUUCGAAAGUAUGUUAACUAAUUAUCAUGAGAACGCAUAAACAUCAAUCAAGAGGAUACAAAUCAUUGAAAUCAAUGAAGUAAUGGCAGUCUCCAGUAUCCUGAUUGAUUUCUUGACUUGAUCAUACCUUCUACAACAAACUUCCUAAUGAAUUGGCGCAGAAUGAAUUCAUUCAAAUUCUGAUACCUCACCAAUCAAAAUGAUAAUUGGGGGAAAUGAUGCACAUUGAGAUGCCAAUAUUUGUGGUCUUAGUUCUUACAUUUUUGCAUACUCGCCAUGAUGCACAAGUACAUGAAUAAUAAUAAAAAUAAUAUGACUCAAUUGGUCUUGCGUUCUACUUUUGUUAGUAAUUAGUGACUCUAAAAAUCUUGAUCCAUGGGAUUAAUUACGGGCGUAACAUCUAACUGUCUGUGGUGUUGCCUUCUAAUCACUUGCUUAACUUAGGAUGCCCAAUGAAGAAAAUAAACUAAUCUCGUUGUGGAGCAACGGUUAGACCAUGACUAGUGUCUAGUAAGAAACCCGGCCUUCUAAAAUAUUUUUUGUUUUUCUUUAGUAGUGGUGUAUUUCUUUCUAUUGCAUAGGAUAGAAGUAACGAAAUAGAUUGUUAACUCUAAUUUGUUUUUCACAAGUGAGGAAAAAUAAUGAUAUAGUAAAGAUUGAUAUAUAAAAAUCAAAUACUUCGAUUAGCUUUUAUAUUAUUAUAACCCCUUUAUGAAAUAUAAUACUAAAGUAAGCAUCGAAAAGAAAUAAAAUAAAGUGAUCAUUUCACAUAUUUACUUCAAAUUUUGAUAUACAUAAACAUGGAACUCUCCGCCCAACGGACCGGACCCGUAUCUAAUAACCUAUAAUACUAAUUUUAGAUGAGUUUGGAUUUGUGACCACCAUAAAAGAAAUACUAUUAUACACAAAACUCCAGUUAUGGAUCCAAAAGCAAGGUUGUCAACCACUCAACUUGGUUUAGCCCAUUGACCCGGUCGAGUAAGUGAGUUGAGAGUUAAUGGGCCGACCGUUUUAGCCCAGUUUAGUCUGAAUAUAUGAAAAAAGUCAUUAUAUUGUUCAUAUAUUUAUAAAUUUUAUCAAAACUU